UAAGAAAGCACUUCCUUACUGCUGAAACAACCCUUCUGACUCACCCUGUGUUUGUAUGCGUGUGUGUGUCUGUGUGUGUAUGUCUGUCUCUCUUUUUCUUACUGGUGUAAGUUUGGAUGAAGUUAAAGGAAACACAGGGUGAAUUAUGUGCUAGAGUAGGUGACACAUGUAGCCCAGUUCUACUGCAAGAUGAAGAUUAAAAGUCUGAAGAAACACAGUUCAGUGUGGUGGUCAAAUACGGACAAUUUACGCGACAGCGUGAUUUAAUAGAAACAUGUGGGAAAAGAGGGAGCGGUCCAGCCAACCUCGCUCUAGCUUCUUUUCAGACGGCAGGGAACGCAAGCUCAUGUGGGUAUGGGUGUGUUUGUGUGAGUGAUACAAGUCUGCAUGCCCAACAUGGGCGUUUGGUGACCGGACAGGAUGGAGAGCAGUUGGGCUUCUGCUGAGUUUGAUCUCGCCCAGAUACGACUGAUUGUGUAUCAGGAUUGUGAAAGGAGGGGUCGCCAAGUUCUCUUCGACUCCAAGGCUAUACGGAAGCUAGACCCAUCUGAACUGAAUGUCGAGGAGACGAAAGCCCCGCCCACCCGAAGCGGUUCCUGCCAAAUAGGCUCUAAGGCAAAGCAGAAAGAGACUCCGCCCACUUAUCAGUACACGAGACCGUCUUCCGAUGUGAAUAUGCUCGGGGAGAUGAUGUUCGGCUCGGUUGCCAUGAGCUACAAGGGAUCAACUCUGAAGAUUCACCACAUCCGAUCUCCUCCGCAGCUGAUGGUCAGUAAGGUUUUCUCGGCGCGUUGUGGCAGCAGUAACGCCGGCAGCACCAGCACUCUCCAAGACAGCCUUGAGUCAUUUAGCCAAACGUGCCCGAAUCACAGCAGUAGCAUAGCUCAUAGUAACCCUGUGGACAUGCCAGGUCGUGGACACAGCGAAGACAGUGACAGCGGCAUUGCCCGUUCAGCGUCCCUCAGCAGCCUCCUGGCCACGCCCCUUCCCUCCCCUGGUUCGUCCUACAGCAGCGGCUGUGCCAGCAGUUACCAGCGGCGAUGGCUGCGUAGCCAAGCGACCAGCCUCCAGCAUGGCCUGAUCCCUCGCUGGAGCACGGAUGAAAUGUUCAGCCUGUCCGACGAGAGCUGCAACUCGAACCCCGGGCUGGGCCGCAGGAAGAAGAUCGCAGUCAGCAUCAUCAUCAGCCUGCCGGAGAAAGAGGAAGAGAGCAGCAGCUUCCAGGAGUUCUUCUUCUCCCACUUCCCCCUUUUCGAGUCGCACAUGAACAAACUGAAGACAGCCAUCGAGAGGGCGAUGAUAAUGUGUAGGAGAGUAGCAGAGCCGAGUCAGCGGGUGCAGGUGUAUCUGUGUCGGGUAAUGGAGGCGCUGGGGGAGUUCAGGCUGACGGUGUGGAACCUGUACAUGGCUCCGCGGAUCACAGAACCCAUCUGGCUGACCUUGAUUUCCCAGAGUUCCGAGCGAAUCCAGUUGUGUCAGCGCUUCCUGAAGGAGAUGAGUCUGCUGAUGGAGCACGGAGCCAAGACGCAGUUUCUAUCAUCUCUCCUCACUGCUGUCCUCAUGUACCACCUCGCCUGGGUUACCACGGUGAUGCCUAGCAACCACCCAUCAAUCAAAGCUGCUUACCAGAAACACACCUCCCACACAGGGGACCUGCUGGCCAAGUGUCACCCAUACAACCCACUGUGGGCUCAGCUAGGAGAUCUGUACGGUGCUUUGGGUUCCCCCGUUCGAGUGUGUCGCACUGUGGUUGUCGGACGCAGACGCGAGUUGGUGCAACGCGUCCUCUACGUCCUCUCCUAUUUCAUCCGCUGCUCAGACCUCCAGGAAAACGCACUUCCUCAGGCACAAACGGACAGUUCUGCCAAUCUGUGCCCUUCUCAAAUCACUAACCCCACCCCCUGCCCUGAAAGGACCAACGAGACACCACUCAUCAGUGAGUCACAGGCUGAAAAGUCCACCCUUAUCCCCGAAAGGACCAACGAGGGAACGCAAACAGCCGAUGCGACUUCCUGUUCAGAAGGGACCAGCACAGAAGGAGGCGACUCUGAAUCAGCCGACUCCACCCCUUUUUCUGAAACGGCCAAUGACCGGCUGGAAUGUGCUCAGGGAUGUUCAGGGGUGACGCAGCUAGAGCACGUCUUGGCCGAUCCGAGUCCUCCUGCGCACAGGGUGCAGUUCAUGAUCGGAAGCCCGAAGGAGCUGGAGAGCGACAGGCGACGUCACGACAGGACUCGAGCUGGGUGUGGGCGGGGCUUACACAGGAAGAUGCCCAGUAGGCUUUUGACAGACAGCUUGGACAGCUCAGAUGAGGAGGAAGUGUCGCACAUGCAGAUCUUUACAGGAAAUGAGAUGCAGCAGCAUGAACUACCACUUCCAAGCUGCGACAUGGAGAUCCGCCCCGACACGAAUCAUUUCGGCCGCUCUCUGCUCGGAGGUUACAGCCCGCAGUACAUGCCUGACUUUGUCCUGCACGGCGUCGCCUCGGAUCAGCGGCUCAAGCAGUGCCUGAUGUCGGACCUAGAACACACUGUACUGCACCCUGCGCUGGACGAACCGGUCGCCGAGGCAGUGUGUAUCGUGGCGGAUACGGACCGCCUCUGCGUUCAGGUGGCUACGACUCAGCGGCGCGUGUGUGAAUCAGGCCAGAUCGGAAGAGAAGUGAUGGUCUCCAACCUCAUACACACACUCCUCACGUCUGUGCUGCAGCUGCAUGCGCUCAACAUGGCUGCAGAUUUUUGUGUUAUGCACUUGGAGGAUCGCUUACAGGAGGUGUACUUUAAGAGCUGUUCUUUAGCAGAAUAUCUGAAAGGACAGCGCCGAGUCCAUGUGAAGGAACUCGGAUUAGCGCUGGGGAUCGAGUCCAGUGAUCUUCCGCUCCUCGCGGCCGUCGCCAGCACACACUCGCCCUACGUCGCCCAGAUCCUUCUGUGAACGGAGCUGCUUCACUACGCUGACCAAUCAGAGUGCGCUCCUUCUUCCAGCAGACCAACAAGGAGCCGAACACCAUUAAUCUGGGGUUCACUCUGACCCAUGAUCAGACUGAUCAGGAACUUAUGUUUUUUUUUUAAAGAGAGAGAUCAGCUCUUAAGGUUUACAUCCUCUCCAGUCUUCAGACCGAGUGUGUAUGCGUGUCAGCUUGGUUUUCUUAUACGCGCUAUUUCCACAAUGUUCCACAGUGUUGUCUUAAAAGCAAAAGAAGACUGGAACAACUCUGUUGUAUAGUAUGACAGGUGACUAAUUAAACGAAAAAAAAAAGAA